UAAGACAGAAAGUAGAAAGGAGCGGAUUUUCAUGGCCGAAACAUUGGGACUUGUGAGUUUCCUCCCCAGUUCCGCUUCCACCUCCUCGUAGAACGUCAUUAGAGAGAGAGAGAGAGUGAAUGUUAGACCACAGACACAGACAAUGCGCUGCUACAGAGCCACACCAACCUUGCUCAGCUUCCGGAUUAUGUCCUUCAAGCUUAACCAGAAAACCUUCAGCCGCUCUCAGGUUAACCAAAAACCCUCUCUCUCCUUUCUCUCCAACCACUGCUAUCCCCUGCAAAAUGCAUCCACAAGAAUUCCCAGAAGAACCGCUUCCAAUUGCAUUAGCCAGAAGAGAGAAGAUGAAACAGAGAAUUGGACAAAUUUGAAUUUUAUUCGUGGGAAGAAGCUCCUUAGUGAACUAUGUACUUGGGGCAUCGGAGGCCCUUGCAAUUACUUCGUCCAAGUUUCCGAUCAAACCCUACUCGCUUCUGCUAUUCGAUAUUGUUGUGAGCGCUGCAUCCCUUUCAUUAUCGUCGGUAAUGGCUCCAAUUGUCUUUUCGAUGAUUCUGGGUUUGAAGGUUGUGUUAUUCUGAACCGGAUUGACUUCCUUGAGAGGAUCGAACCCGGCGUCUACAGAGUGGGAAGUGGUUACCAGUUCAAUCGGUUAGGCGUGCAGUGCACUAAUGAAGGAUUUUCUGGUCUUGAAUUUGCUUCUGGGAUUCCUGGGACCGUAGGUGGAGCUGCUUACAUGAACGCUGGAGCCAAUGGACAGGAGACUGCCGAUGCCAUUGAUACAGUUGAGAUCGUUACAGUGGAUGGGAGGCAUCAAAUUUUGUACAGAAGUGAUCUCGCCUUUGGGUACCGCAUGUCACCCUUUCAAGCAAUGCAAGAUUUGGCAGCAAUUGUGGCCGUAACAUUUUGUCUGUUGCCUUCAGCAUCAGCAAAGGAGCGUCAACAAGCAUACCUGAAAAAGAGGCGAUUGUCUCAGCCUGUGGGGGAACGAACUGCUGGAUCGGUGUUCAGAAAUCCUCCUGGCAUGGGAAUUUCAGCAGGGGAGCUUAUUGAGAAGGCUGGACUGAAAGGCUUCAGAGUUGGCAGUGCAGAGGUUUCCAAAGUUCAUGCUAACUUCUUCAUCAAUACCGGCAGCUCAAAUUCCCGAGAGAUGCUUGAACUUAUUGGCUUGGUUAAGGCAAAAGUUAAAAAGAAAUUUGGAAUACAACUCCAAGAAGAAAUACAAUAUGUUGGUCCAUUCUGUAAAUAUUCAAGGGACAAGGAUAAAUUAGAGAUUUGUUGAAAAAACAGAGAGAGAAGAAAGGUUGUUGCUGACAAUGAAUAAAAAUUCAAAUUUGAAUUCUCAGAUAAGUUUUGUUAUUCAAGAUCCAAAC